GAAUUCUGUUAAUGAUUCACGAAAUAUAUUUAUUUUUUACAUUAACUAUAUUUAAAAAUUCCUAUAAUUUUAAUAAUAAUCUUCCAAAAUUAUAGAUUUGAAAUGAUAGAAGAAAAGAAGUCAUGAAGAAAAAUGUAAAAAGUUUUUAUAGCAAACGGAUAAAAUCUGAAACUUUCUCAGAUAAUUCCAGGAGUUCUUUGGAGACAGAUUCUGAGACUGAUUCUUGGAGUGACAACUUAGAUCAUUAUAGUUCAAGUUCAGAGACAUCUGAUCAGUUAAGUGAUUGCGAUGAUGCUGGCCAACCUAUGCAGUGGAAAACAGAUGAUGAUGCUGAAUUUAAAAGUGAAAUAACUACUGAUAUAGGAUGGACAGAUGUUACAAAAACUAAUAGAAGAAAAAUUAUUCUUAAUAAAAAACCUAGUAUAAAUUCUAAACUUCCUUCUAAUCCAACACCAAUAGAUUGCUUUAGGCUUUUUUUAACUGAUGAUGUGUUGAAAUAUAUUGUAGAAGAAACAAACAAAAAUGCAGAUUGUAUUCUGUUGAAUGAUGAAACUAGUCAAGAAAAUGAUCCAUCUCAGAAACACACAUCAAAAGAAGAAAUAGAAAUAUUUAUUGGUCUCCUUCUAUGGAUGAAUUUGGUGGAAUUUCCAAGUUUAGAUUACUAUUGGAGCAGUGAUAUACUAUAUAAAAGCAAUAUUUCAAAUAUUAUGAAUAAAAAUAGGUUUGAGACCAUAUUCAGGUUUUGGCCCUUGUCAAAAAAAGAACAUGAAUUAGAAGAUGAUCACAGUUAUAAAGUAAGGUAUAUAAUAAGUAUACUUGUUCAAAAGUUCAAAGAAAUUAGGAUACCAGGGACUGUUCUAACUAUUUGUAAAUAUAAUUUGCCAAUAAGAUAUUCCAAUCCACAGAAGAAACACAUUAAAAUUUUUAAAUUGUGUAGUGCUGAUAGUUAUACUUAUAACCUGAUGCUCUAUGAAGGAAAACAAAAUUUUGAUCCAACAGAAAUUGUUUUGAAAAUUUGUGAAGAUUAUUUAGAUAAUGGUAGGGUUCUUGCUACCGAUGAAUUUUUUACAUCUGUAUAUUUAGCUGAUAGUCUCUUAAAAAGAAAUACUCAUUUGGUUGGGACUCUUGAACCAAACAGAAAAGGAAUUCCUUAUGAAGUGGUUUGUAAUGAGCUUAAAAGAGGGCAAAUAUAUGGUAAAAUAAAUGAAAAUGGUGUGAUAAUUGCAAAGUGGAAAGAUAAGAAAGAUUUCCUGAUGUUAUCAACAUACCAUAACUUAGAUAUUGUUAAAAUAGAAAAGAGAAAUAGAAAUGGGGAAUAUGUUGUAAAACCAAAAAUUGUUAUGGAUUAUAAAGCAGGAAUAGUUAAAGCAAAUAUAUCACAUCAGAUACCAAGUUUUAUACCCCUCUUACAAGAAUUUCUUAAUUGGUAUCAUAAAGUGGCAUUGGAAGUCAUUUUUGAAAGUUCAGUGAUUAAUGCUUAUGUUAUUCACAAAGAGAAUAAUCCUGGUUUAAUAAUGACCAUGAAAAAAUUCAAAGAACAUUUGAUAAAAGCAAUGUUGAAAAUUGAUGAAUAUGAUGAAAAUAAACAAGUGAAAUCUGAAAAACUUGAACACAAAUUUGAAAAAACUACACUUGUGACUGCAAGUAACAGAAGAAUCAGGAAACGAUGUAUACACUGCUAUGCAAAUAUUAAGAGAGUUAAUGGAAGUAAAUAUGCUGCAUAUGCAGCAAAAAAAGUUUCCACAUUCUGUUCAAUCUGUCCUGACAAACCUUUUAUUUGCAAGGAAUGUUUUUCGUUUCAUGUAGAUACAUGUUAGUUUUAUAAUUAUUAAAUGAAAGGAAGAGAAAACUUGCCAAGUCAAUUAAAAAGAAAGAUUUGUCUGUAAUUUAUGCUGAAAUUUUAUAUUGAAUUACACAAAUUAUUUUCUAUUAAAAGCUGUGAGAAUGAAUGCUAUUUCAAAAAUGAAGAUAUUUUUGCCAGAUAUUAUUUAAAAAGACUAGAAAAUCAAAGGAUUUGAUUUAAAAAAAAUCAUGUUUUCCAGGAGUAUUUGGCAUUAAUGUUCCAGAAAUGAUUCAGGAGUUUGUAAGAUUGAAUAUCAUGAAGAUAUAAGGAUUGGAAGUUUAAUAGUGGCAACUCUGAAAUUACAAUAUGUACAAAAAACAUACAUGUUUCAGAUUUUCACUGCCCUACAGAAUAGUCACUAGCAAUGUGGAAGGUGCCAGAUGCCAUCAGCAGAACCUGUUUGGUUGAUUGCCUGAAUAGAGUGGUCUACUGCCUGAAGAAUAUCUGGAAUAGUUCUGAACCAUCCACUGCACAGAUGGUUCAGAACUAUUCCAUCUAGGGAUCAAGUCAAAGACACAUGGUCUUAAUUCUGGAGAAUACAGUGGAUUGUAGAGAACUUCCCAGCCCCAGUGACUUAACAAUGUGAUCACACAUUGUGCAACAUGCACUUGAGCAUUAUCAUUCAAGAUGAUGGGUGGGUUCUGCAGAAAGUGUUUCUGCUUUACUCUCAAAGCUGGUCGUACAUUGUUCUGAAAAUGUAGACUGCUGUAUGUUUACAGUCUGGCCUGGAGUUUGGCAUUCACUUGUUGUUUACUUGCAUAGAGACAACCCAAAUGAGGCUUGUUUCUUGUUUUUGCAUCCUGCAAUAAAGGCUUUUACCCAUCUUGCAAUUGUUCUAUGUGAUAAUGCAGAUUUCCCACAAGCCUCUAAGAAUCCUUGGCAACAGUCAUGCAGUAUGACCUCUGGCACUUUCAAUCUUUGUCCAACUUUGCUGCUCCAAUUUUGAGAACAUCAUGAUUAGACCAAGUGGUAGCAACAGGUCUUACUCUUGUCACUUCACAGGCACAUGGAGUUGGAUGGUAAAGUCCAUUUGCUCUCAUGUAAGGUAGGUAAGUAAUCAACAUCUGAUGUAGGUGGCAUUAGCUGUGCAUUGAGUUUGGUUUCUAUAGCACUGUUGCCACUAUUAAAUUUCCAACCCAGAUAUUUCAUUCUGAUGUGAUUUUUCUACAAAACUUGUUGUUUGUACUUUCAGAAUGUAAUUCUUUUUUCAUAAGGAAAAAAUUUCAGUUAUACUUUUGGCAUAUUGGAAAUUUCAAGAAGUGAGCAGUUAUGAACAUUUAUCUAUAUUUUUGCUCUUUGUGUUGUAAUUUGAAAAAUAUAAAUUUCAUUACUAAUACAUAUUAAUGUAAAAAAAGGGUAAAAAAUUGACGUAAUUUUUUAAAUGCAAAAUUAUGAGAAACCAAUUGAAAUUGUCCAGUUAUCUAAGAAAUAUUUGAGUGUUUACCCUUUGUAUUCCAGUACUAGUGCCUUAAUGAAUUGAAAUAUUCCAUGGAAAAUUGAAAUAUAUGUAAUUUGAUAUCGUUAAUGAUAUUAAAAUGAUCAUUCAUAUAAGUGUAAAAUAUAAGUAAAGACUUAAAAUAGAGAUCUGUAAAUAGAAAAAUC